AUGAGCCAGACUGCACAGCUCUACACCACGGUGGAUCGGAUUCUCAAUAGCCAGAGGAUCCUCUCCUUGCCCUUGGCAGACCGCUAUACCCUGGCCGGCAAGGUGGCAGCGGUGCCGGAGGAGUUUGGUCGGUUGAUCGAACGCUUGGCCUCGACCGUGGCGACCGCCAUGAGUGAGGCGAGCGCCUUGAACGCCUUGUACCUCCUAGAGAUCUGCAAGGAGUUGGUGCCAGGCUUCAAGGAGAAGAUCCCAGAGAAGCGCUUCGAGGCGGCGGCGGAUCUCUCCAUGCACCAACGUGCCAAGGACUUCGUCCUUCAGGGUCAACGACCCAGCGAGUGGGCAGUGGGCGAGCAGCCCAAGGGCACGCUGAUCCUCAUGCCGGAGCAGGAGCAGGAGGGUGACCUUCUGACAGAAACAGGGAAAGUUGUUAGCGACGCCACCAAAUUCGUGGGCGGCGCGGCCUUUGGAGGCGUCGGCCUUGUGACCGACACCUUGGGCAUCACCAAGAACGCGGAGGAGCAUUUGGCGACUGGUGCAGAGGAGGCCGUGGACCUGGUCGGCCAUUCGGUGAACGGUCUGGUGGAUGCUGUCGACUACGGCUUGGAUGGCACCGCUCACGACCUGAAACGAAAAGGUGUGGUGGGAGCCGUCGGUGACGGCGUGGCGGAUGCUGCUCGGGGAUCCCAGUACAGAACCCUACUCGUGCCCCUCAUGCUUGCAGCUGCGUGCGAGGACUAUGAGGAGGAGAGCAUGCAGGUCAUGCUGAUCCAAUCCAAGCUCAGACUGCAUAGCGCUGCACAGGCCAAUCUGAGUAGCGUGUCAAGCUUCUUGAUGGGCGUUGACGCUCUGGAACGCCGAGUGCAGGCGUUGUCCGACCAAGUUGCAGGGAUGGAGAAGCGGAGAUCUGGCACUCCGUGGCUGUUUCUGCCGUUGGAGGCGGUGUUCAGUUUGGUUCGGAAGCUCGGAGACUUCGUGGGAGAUUUGGUGCUUCAUCCGCAUGCGCAUGCUUGGCAGCAGCUUCUGGUCUUUGCUGCUUGCACAGCAGGUGUGAUUGCAGCGGGAAUGUCUUUGAAGUCACCACGCUGGUGCGACCACAUGGGAGGAAAGCUGCCAGCCUUCGUGUUUGCUGUGGCUGUAGGAGCCUUGGGGAGCAAUGAGUGGGAGCUGGUGGACAUCGUCUCGGACUUCGUGAGCGACACGGUGACCGGCAUCGCGGACGGCGUCCACGGGAUGCUGAACUUCGCCACUGGCACGGAGGACACGGCGGCGGCGCCGGAGUCGCACCUGGUGAAGAUCGUGAUCGCCGAGUUGAUCGGUGCAGAGAGGACCUUGGGUCUCCGCAUUGAGAAUCGCUUGAUCACUGCCUUCACCAAGCCGGAGGCUGCGCGCUUCGGCUGGCGAUUAGGAGAUUGCAUCCAGGCUGUGGGGCGACAACGCACGCCAACGCAGGAGGUGAUGCUGGAGAAGAUCGCAGCCUUCAAAGAGGACUUGCGGACGAAUGGCACACCGAUGGAAUUCCUGGUGGAGAGGUUAGGCCCGGUUUUCGAUCCGCUGCCUGCCGGCACCAAAAUGGGCAUGGACGUGUUCACUGAGGCCGUUAAGCCUGUGUGGCUUCACCAGCAGAUGCCACGGAUGUUGACAGACGAGGUGAGCACCGAUUCGGACCCACAGGAAUUCGGGGGAUAUAUGUCACCGGUCACAGACAAGGAGUACAAUCUGAUUGACCCUUUGGCAGGAGCCGCCGCCUGGAAGGUCCCGGUGCCCAAUUCUCAGGAGCCAGACAUUGCAUCUCCGGAGGACAUUCUGAACUCCUACUCAUCCCAAUUGGAUGCCAAUGUGGCGUCCUUCCUGCAGAAGUCGCCCACAGGUUUUGAUGCCAGCUAUGCUGCCAACAUCGCCAGCAUGGAGCGGGAAACAGCAACCCUUUGGCUACAGAAGGAGCUGUCGGAGCUGACCGAGCUGAUGAGGAACCGCGAAGCGGAAAUGCAACAGCUGGACUGGCAACUUCAGGCAGCGCUUUGUGCCAAACAACUGCCGCUCCAGGGACUCCAGGCGCAGACGGCGGGGAUUGACGUGCAGAUCUUCAACCUGCAAAGCCAACUGAACCAUUUGAUGUCUGCUCUCAGGAGCAACCAGAUGGUGAACAACAAUGCAGCCCAGCUCCCGAAGGUGCAGGCCUCCGAUGAGAAGUUUGACGAGGAUGAUGUCUUCACUGUGAUGAUGCGCAACAUUCCCAACAAGUACACACAGCGGAUGCUGAUUGAUGAGGUCAAUGAGGCCGGCUUCAAUGGAUCCUAUGACUUUGUUUACUUGCCUAUUGACAAGGAUUCGGGCGCCAACAAGGGCUACGCCUUUUUGAACUUCGUCCGUCCGAGUUUUGCUUACGCCUUCAAGAUGGCCUUUGAUGGAAAGCAUAUGGCGCAGUUCAAGUCCAAUAAGAUUGUCACUGUGGCCCCUGCAACGAUCCAAGGCUUUCAAGCGAACUACGAGCAUUUCUCACGGACUCGAGUGAACUACGGCGUUCGCGAGCUCGGAUGGGUUGACGGUCGGGAGAUGGAGAUGAGUAAGGGAGAUGGGGACUGUCCUGCCACGCAACCCGCGUUUUGGGGUCACGAGCUUUCCGGUUCCAUGGUGAUCAUGACGUUCUCCUAUGGAACCACGCAAUCCCGUCCAGCAACUUUUGUGGUCAUUUUGUUCCGCUCAGAGAGGGAUUUGAUUGUUUGA